AUGGCCCUCGUGGAUUAUUCCGACACCGACGAAUCGGAUGUCGAAGAGUCCAAACCGACCAAACCCAUAUCAAAUCCAUCCAAACCAGCAUUUCAAAAAGUCGUUGACAGAUCCAAUUCCGGCAAGAUCAAGGUCUCAUUGCCACAAUCGUCUCUCAAGACAGAAACCCCAUCAGAUGGUCCUCCUUCGAAACGAAUCAAAACCUCGAGCGGAGGAGCCUUCAGCGGAUUUAACUCUUUUCUGCCACCACCAAAACGCGCAGGCCAACCUUCAAACGCGACGCUGGGUGGGGGAGCUGCUGGCAAGAAGAGCGGGCUUGGUGUGGGCGUGAAUCUGAAGACUGGAGCAGCACCUGGAUUUAGUAGAGCGACAGAAACAGAGAGAGAAUAUGGAAAUACGGGAGAUGAAGCCUCUCCAAGUAACGGGAAUGGAAUCAACCUUCCGCCACCGAAAGCACCACAACCCGUGGACCAAGUACCGGCUGAUGAAGUGAAAUUGGUGGGGAAGCCUCUGAUGUUUAGGCCUAUGUCGGUGGCCAGGAAGCCUAAAAAGAAGACGGCUUCACAAUUGGCGGCAUCUACAGUAGCUCAGAAUCUGCCAAAAUCUACUCCAGCGCCGGUACCUCAGGCUGCUCCCGCUGAGAAGGCUCCGAAACUAUCAUUAUUUUCAUUGUCUGCCGAAGAUUCAAGUUCAGUAAGCAUGCCAACAACAGGGGAAUACGAACCAAUGAUACACGAAAGCCAGAGCCAGAUGGCAUCGGGCGACUUCUCGCAAUACUCUACGUUGGAACCAUACGGUGUUGAAGAGACACCUAAUGCCCCCCAAACUCUUCCACCUGCACCCACGACUCGGGUCUCUCAGUCUCUGGACGACAUAGCCGGAGAUCUUCAACUCAGUGCUGCAGAACGAAGGCAGCUCUUUGGUCGCCAAAAGGGAAAGCAAAAUAUGCAAUCAGCCACCAAAAUCAUCAAUUUCAACACAGACGAAGAAUACUUGCACAACGAGGAAUUGAGAGCCUCGGGAGAGCAAGUGAAACACAAUCCUGUUAGGUCUAUUGCACCAGGAAAGCAUAGCUUGAAGCAAUUGGUAAAUGCGGCACAGAGCCAGAAGGAAGCGCUCGAGGAAAGUUUCCAGACAGGGAAGAAUAAUAGGAAAGAGGCCAGUUCUAGGUACGGUUGGUAA